AUGUUGGUUAUCAACGUAACCACCUCGGUGACGUACUGGCGUUUAGGCGACCCAUGCAGACAUGAGGACAGUUGUAAACAGUCUCUGCAGACAUACUGGGCAGCCACAGGUUGUCGAUGGCCGUCGGCCGUGCCAUCCCGGUGGUUAAUCUACACUUACGUGACGUCGGCGAACAACGGCGGGAUGAUCCACACGGCAAGCCUGCAGUAUAGCUGA